UCAUUAGUGCGGAAUAUGUGUUGUUUGAUAUAUGGCAUCAAAGAAGCACGAAAUGGGUAAGGGGUGGUGCAGUUUGGUUCUAAAAUAUCUGUGGGUGCUAAUAAUAACAUUGCUCAUCGAAGUUAAGCCAUUGGGUGUGAAGGGUCUUCCACUUCACACGAAUUCUCGAUGGAUAGUGAACGAAGAUGGGGAAAGGGUGAAACUGGCUUGUGUGAAUUGGGUGUCCCAUUUGGAAGGAUUGGUGGCUGAAGGGCUCAGCAAGCAACCUAUGGAUGUGAUUUCAAGUGGAAUAAAGUCAAUGGGCUUUAACUGUGUGAGGCUCACUUGGCCUAUUCUUUUGGUCACAAAUGAGUCUUUGGGUUCUCUCACCGUUAGAAGCUCCUUUCAAAACCUUGGCCUCCUUGAAGCCAUUGCUGGUGUCCAAGCCAACAACCCCUCCAUCAUCGGUCUUCCCCUCAUCCAAGCUUUUCAGGCAGUGGUGAAAAGUCUUGGUGACAACGAUGUGAUGGUGAUAUUGGACAAUCACAUAACCCAGCCAGGGUGGUGCUGCAGUAACUCCGAUGGCAAUGGCUUCUUCGGUGACAAAUAUUUCGACCCCAACCUCUGGAUUUUGGGCCUCACCAAAAUGGCCACCCUUUUUAAUGGAGUCACUAAUGUUGUGGGCAUGAGCUUGAGGAAUGAACUACGCGGCCCCAAACAAAAUGUCAACGAUUGGUACAGGUACAUGGUGAAAGGAGCAGAAGCAGUUCAUGCAGCAAAUCCAGACGUUCUUGUGAUUCUAUCUGGCUUAAAUUUUGACAAAGAUUUGUCUUUCAUUCCACAACGACCAGUGAACUUAACGUUCGAAGGAAAGUUAGUAUUUGAAGCACAUUGGUAUGCCUUCACGGAUGGUCAAGCUUGGGUUAAUGGAAAUCCAAAUCAAGUAUGUGGACAAGUGGCUGGAAAUAUGAUGAGAACCUCUGGCUUCUUGGUGGACCAAGGAUGGCCAUUGUUUAUCAGUGAGUUUGGUAUUGAUCUUAGAGGUACCAAUGUGAACGAUAAUCGCUACAUUAAUUGCUUCAUGGCAGUAGCAGCUGAGCUUGACUUGGAUUGGGCUUUAUGGACUCUUGUUGGUAGUUACUACUUUAGACAAGGAGUCAUUGGAAUGGAAGAAUUUUAUGGGGUUCUUAACUGGGAUUGGAGCCAAGUUAGAAAUACCACUUUCUUGAAUAGAAUUUCUGCCCUACAACUUCCAUUUCGAGGGCCAGGCAUAACGAAAGGAAAUCCAUACAAAUUGAUAUUCCAUCCUUUGACGGGUCUCUGUGUCAUGAGAAAACCUUUGCUUGAAUCAUUGACAUUAGGUCCUUGCUCUUUAUCUGAUGGUUGGAAAUACACACCCGAAAAGAUUCUAACAAUAAAGGGUACUUACUUUUGCAUACAAGCAGAGGAUGAAGGCACGCCUGCAACACUUGGCAUAAUAUGCUCAUCUCCUAACUCUAAAUGGGAAAUGAUCUCAAAUUCAAAGUUGCACCUUUCAUCUAACCUCAGUGACGGUUCUAAUGUAUGUCUAGAUGUAGAUGACAACAACAACAUUGUGACCAAUGCUUGCAAAUGCUUAAGCAAAGAUAAAACAUGUGACCCUGGAAGCCAAUGGUUCAAGCUUAUUGAUAGUGGAAGAAGGUCUAUCACGACAACCUCAACAUUAUCCAUGCUAAAUUCAUCAGACCUUUCCUGGCAACCAUUAAGCUCUGUGUAAGAUAGUUUUAAAUAUUACUGUAAAUUUCUCUAAUUAGGAGCCA